ACGCACAAACAAACCUUUCAGAGCAAGCCAUAUAUUUCUUGAAACUAGUACAGUGAGACAGAAAAAAUGCUUUGGUCGCUCUGCCUUCUACUUCACUUUUGAGUUUCUGUUGAAGCCCUAGCUCUGCUCCUCCGUCAGUUCAGAUCCCUGGAAUUUCUCGUCUGAGCUUGGCUUCUGAUUCAUUUAAGAAUCGUUGUCGUUGAGAGAUGCGUCUUUGCAAGAUUGAUUAGAUAGAUGGGAGAAACGGGAGCUCUGUGUUGUUGAAAUGUUCGCCAUCAGAGGUGGUUCUGGUUUGAUUGAGGACCGUCUUGAUGCCCUAAAUUCCAGUGGCAUUGUGCGAAAAUGUCGGCUUCAUUGGCGCCCUUCGAGCGGCAGAGGGCCGGAGUUACGAAUACGGUUUUCAAGAGUGGCCCACUUUUUAUAUCGUCAAAAGGGAUAGGUUGGAAGUCAUGGAAGAAGCGCUGGUUCAUCCUUACACGUACAUCUUUGGUUUUCUUCAAAAAUGAUCCUAGUGCACUUCCUCAGAGAGGUGGUGAAGUAAACUUAACAUUAGGGGGCAUUGACUUGAACAAUUCAGGGAGCGUGGUUGUUAGGGAAGAUAAAAAACUGCUGACUGUAUUGUUUCCUGAUGGACGUGAUGGCCGUGCAUUCACCCUUAAGGCUGAGUCCUCAGAGGAAUUGUAUGAGUGGAAGGCAGCACUAGAACAGGCUCUUGCACAAGCCCCAAGUGCUGCCCUAGUCACGGGGCACAAUGGAAUUUUCCGUAAUGACACAAAUGACGUGGUUGAAGGAUCUCUCCAUCAAUGGAGGGAGAAACGUCCUGUCAAGUCACUGGUUGUUGGAAGACCCAUUUUGCUUGCACUUGAAGAUAUAGAUGGGGGAGCAUCCUUUCUUGAGAAGGCUCUUCGUUUUCUUGAGACGUUUGGACUGAAAGUAGAAGGAAUCUUGCGGCAGUCUGCAGACGUGGAGGAGGUUGACCGAAGGGUUCAAGAAUAUGAACAAGGUAGGGGUGAAUUCAGUGGUGAUGAGGAUGCUCAUGUUGUUGGUGACUGUGUCAAGCAUGUUCUUCGGGAGUUACCGUCAUCUCCUGUUCCAGCAUCCUGCUGCACUGCACUGCUAGAGGCAUACACAAUUGAGAGGAGAGAACAUUUCAUUAAUUACACUUGUAGCAGUUGUGUCACUUUCUUACCUCGGUUUCAUUUCUUGUGAUUAUAUGUUCAUAGAAUUCUGAAAAUGAUGCACACUAUUGCUGCUCAUGCUUCUGAGAAUCGGAUGACUCCAUCUGCUAUUGCUGCCUGCAUGGCACCCCUAUUACUGCGCCCACUGUUAGCCGGUGAAUGUGAGUUGGAGGAUGACUUUGAUGUGAAUGGUGAUAGUUCUGCUCAGCUUCUUGCUGCAGCAAAUGCUGCAAAUAAUGCUCAAGCCAUUGUCACAACUUUUUUGGAGGAGUAUGAGAAUAUAUUUGAUGAUGAUAAUCUAAACAGGUGCUCCAUUUCAGCUGAUUCUCGAAUAGAAAACAGUGCGAGUGAGGACUUGAGUGAUGAUGAAAAUGUGGAUUUGAAAGGCAAUGGGUACCAUGAUGCGGAAAAUGAAGUUGAUCCAGAAAUUAAUGGCGAUCAUGACCGCGUACUCAGUGGGAAAUUGAGUGAAAGCAGUGGUUCUGCUGCUAGUGAUCUCUAUGACUAUAAGGCAUUUGGAGGUGAUGAUUCAGAUGUUGAAUCUCCGAAAGAAAAUCGCACUUCAGCGACAAAUCUGAAGGAAUUUGUAGAUUCUCAUAAGUCACUUAGAGAUUCGUAUAUUCAAUUUAAUGAGCAGCAAGGAAUAUUCAGAGAUGGAAGUGAUAAUAACACUAUGACACAGGUGGAUACUCCUAGCAUUUUACCGGCCAGUGAUUCACAUCAAUCUAUGGGGGAACUUCUGUCUUCAAUGGAUCCAGGACUCGCUCUAUCUGUGCCUGGGCCUGAGUUAUGUGCUGAAAAGCCUGCUAGUAGACUAAGUGGAUCCAACCUCAAUGCGAAGCACUCAACCUUUAGGGGAAGAAGCAAUGCCAGAAAGCAUCCUUCCAUGGAGUCAUUUGACUCCUCUGGUGAGGAAGAGCUUGCUGUUCAGAGGCUUGAGAUAACAAAAAAUGACUUGCGCAAUAGGAUUGCAAAGGAGGCCAAAGGGAAUGCUAUCUUACAAGCAAGUCUGGAGAGAAGAAAACAAGCUCUGCAUGAACGGCGUCUGGUCCUUGAGCAAGAUGUCUCUAGAUUGCAAGAGCAGUUACAAGCUGAGAGAGAUCUUAGAGCUGCAUUGGAGGUUGGUUUGAGCAUGUCUUCUGGACAGCUUUCUUGCUCACGUGGUAUGAAUUCCAAGACGAGGGCAGAGCUGGAGGAGAUUGCUCUUGCUGAAGCAGAUGUUGCUAGGUUGAAGCAGAAAGUUGCCGAACUGCACCUUCAACUAAACCAGCAACGCCAGCAUCACUUUGGGUCCCUCUCUGAUGGAUGCGACCGCUAUCAACAUGUCCAAAAUCUUCAUUCACAACAGAAGUUUCUUCAACAAGAUUUUGACAUGAACCUUGCUUUUGUUAAUCAUGAAAGAAAACAAAAAAGUGAGGAGAGCCCAUCCAGUGCCGAUUGGAGAAACAUCAAGGAUCAUGUAUUGCCAUCUGCUAAUAGUAGCAGGCACCUUUUACGAAAGCAGUGUGUGGACUCGUCAAGCCUAAGUGAUUCAAAAAGUGCAGAGGCAUCUGGCAUUUCUGUAGAUGAGCUUUGUGGUGUUGAUUCUGGCACCGCCUAUUCCACGUUAAGAGCAGCAGAGGGGAUGGAAUAUCAGAGGCAUCCAUAUGCAGCAUCUUCAGCUUUGGUGGAAUUGACAACACGUCUUGACUUUUUCAAGGACCGCCGCUCCCAGCUCAUGGAACAGCUCCACAACCUUGAUUUGGGUUAUGGGACAGCCUCUUCACAUAGCUUGACAUACAAACCAUCCUCCUCUCCAUGGAACAGUCCAGGAUGAUAGUAUCUGUGAGAUAAAAAGUUUCUUCCUGCCUUUGUAUAUCCUUGAUACUAUUGCUUAUAUAUCUAUUGUAAUAUGUUCUUGUUAUUUUGAAAUUUUCCUUUUCUUGUAUUCCCCCCAACCCCCUUUUUUUUCCCUCUUUCCACUGCUGAGAAUGUCUUUUGGAGUGCCGUACGGGGCACUAUUUUGGUUAUUUUUCCUUUCCCAUGUUUUCCAGGUCAGAAUUGAUUUAGCAUAAAAGUCUUCCUUGUAUCAUUGUUGCUUGGGAGUAAUUUUUUUACACGUGAGAGAGUACUGUGAUGCAACAAACAGGAUAGAGCAGCCUGCUUUUUCUUGUAA